GGACGAACCUCCGGAGGUGCCUGUCAAUCAACCGGUUCUAAGAGUAAAAAUCAGAAGUCACGCACACACGUUAUCUAUCUCGCUUUCCGAUCUUGUUGAUCCUAACGUCUAGCAUGUCGGCAUUCUUUUACGGGACUUUGCAAUCCGAAACUGUCCUUUUACGUGUGUUAUGUGGGGCGGACGUUCCCAACGAAACAUUGGCUUCGAAGCUAUCGACCCUCAAGCUUCGGCCAGCUGUUCUCAAGGGCUAUAGACGCCAUGCACUAAAAGGCUUGGAUUAUCCUGGGGUGGUCAAGUCCGUGAGUGCCGAAAGUUCCGUUCUUGGAUUACUGUGCGAAGGUCUUAAUCGUCACGAUAUAUUGAGAUUGGAUGCAUUCGAAGGCGAUGAAUACGAUCGUGUUACUGUUACCGUGUCUACAAUUGGAACAACAGAGUAUCCAGCAAUUGAGACCAAUAUACCAACACAACUGUACCUAUGGACGGCCGGUACCGAACACUUAGAAGAUAGAGAAUGGGAAUUAGAAAAGUUUAUUCAAGGUGCCCAAGUCGAAUGGAUGUCAGAUCGAUGUGAAUUCAAAAUGGUAGAUCAAUUGGUAUGAGCGUCUAAAUUUCGAUCUUUAGCACCAUUGGACAUUGU